AUGGCGUUUGCGGAGCAGCAACAAUGGGUCAAGGUCCAGCAAAAGACCUUUACAAAAUGGCUCAACAGCAAGAUUGAGGCACGCGCCCUCAAGGUUCAAGACCUGGUGGAGGAUCUGAGCGAUGGUGUCAUUCUCAUUCACCUCCUCGAAUGUCUUUCACACGAGUCACUCGGUCGCUAUGCCUCAAAGCCCAAGCUCAGAGUUCAAAUGUUUGAGAAUGCCAACCUGGCGCUCGACUAUAUCAAGUCCAGGGGCAUCCAGCUGACAAACAUUGGCGCCGAAGAUGUCGUCAACAGAAACCAAAAGAUCAUACUGGGUCUCAUUUGGACUCUCAUUCUACGCUUCACCAUCAAUGACAUCAACGAGGAGGGCAUGUCGGCCAAGGAGGGUCUCCUUCUCUGGUGUCAACGAAAGACGGCGUGUUACGACGAGGUCGAGGUUCGAGACUUUAGCGCCAGCUGGAAUGACGGUUUGGCCUUCUGCGCUCUCCUGGAUAUUCACCGACCCGACCUGAUCGACUACGACGCCCUGGACAAGUCAGAUCAUCGAGGCAACAUGCAGCUAGCAUUCGAUAUCGCACAUAAGGAGAUUGGUAUCCCCAGCCUGCUGGAUGUGGAAGAUGUGUGCGAUGUGGCCAAGCCUGAUGAGAAGAGUUUGAUGACGUACAUCGCCUACUGGUUCCAUGCCUUCUCGCAGAUGGAAAAGGUGGAAAACGCUGGACGCCGUGUCGAAAAGUUUGUCAAUAACAUGCAAGGCGCCUGGGAGAUGCAGAGUGCCUACGAGCGGCGGAUGCGAGCCUUGCUCAAGGCCAUCCAAGAGAAGAUCGAAGGGUGGAAACAGUCCAAGUUUGAGGGAACCUAUGUCGACGCAAAGGCUCAAGCAAACCAGUUCGCCGAGUACAAGAGGGGUCUGAAGAGACAAUGGGUUGCUGAGAAGAGUGACCUGGCGACUCUACUAGGCAACAUCAAGACAAAGCUGGGCACAUAUCGCUUGCGGCCGUACGACCCUCCGGCCGAGUUGAGUCUGGAAGCUCUCGAGAGAAAGUGGGCGGAGUUGGCAUCUGCAGAGAUGACACGCGCCCAGCUCAUCAACGAGACAAUCCGAGACAUCAAGAACGCCCUUCGCAAAUCAUUUGCCGACAAGGCAAACGACUUUGCAAUGGCCCUCAACACUAUGCAACUGGCACUUUCUGGCCUCGACGGCGAUGUCGAAGACCAGCUACACCACGUGAGGAAGCUGAGCGAGAGCCUAGCACCCUUGGACCAAUAUCUCGAGAAGAUUGCGGUGGUGGACGAAAAAUGUCAAGAAGCCAACAUUGAGGAGAACGACUUUACUACCUAUACAUACGACGAACUUGUAUACGAGCUCGGCCUUGUCAAGACGUCGGUGCAGAAGAAGCUUGCCUUUUUGGAGAACCAGAUGGUGGCGCGAAGCAUGACGAACCUAACACCUAUUCAGCUGGAAGAGUUUGAGAGUGUCUUCCGUCACUUUGACCGCGACGACACAAACUCCCUACAAGAGCUCGAGUUUAGCGCGGCCCUUGCAUCACUCGGACUGGUAUUCUCCGAGGACGAGAUGCACGACUACUUUGUCGAGACCUCCAAUGGCCGCGAGUAUGUCACAUUCGAGCAGUUUAUCCGCUUCAUGGUGGAUGUAACUGAGGAUCAGAACACGGCGGAGCAAGUGUUCCAGUCGUUCCGAGAAGUGGCAGACGGCAAGCCAUAUGUGACAGAGAUGGACCUACGGCAUAGUCUGGUGCCGGACGAGGUGAUUGACCAACUGGUUGAGAUCAUGCCAGAGCACAAUGGACCAGACAUGUCAGAGGACCGGGGGAUGCCGCAGUACGACUACAUCAGCUUCAUGGAGAAGCUCAUCAACGAUCAACGAGACGGGCAGGACGGCUCAGAAGCGGCCCUGCAGGACAGGACGAAUCUCGAGCAGAGGAGCCCUGUCGCAGAGACACACACGAACGGAGCCUAG